AUGACGAGACCCAGGGCGUCCACGACGGGCGACGCCUUCACAUCUGCCGCCGCCGCCGCCGCCGCCGCCUCUUCCACCUCCCCCCAAUUCCUCCCGUCCAUCCGCCUCUCGGCAUACUACGACCCGCGAUCCACCCGUCCCUCGCUCACCUUCCCCACCGUGUCGCGCACCCUGCCCACCGGCACCGAGACCAUCCGCGUGGGACGCUACUCGGAACGCGACAACCAGCCCGCCAUGUCGGCCAGCGUCGGCCUCGGCAACCACCACCAGCCCUCGGCCGCGGCCGUCGGGUUCAAGAGCAAGGUGGUGUCCCGCCGUCACUGCGAGUUCUGGUACGAGAACGGAAAAUGGUACAUCAGGGACGUCAAGAGCUCUUCCGGCACCUUCCUGAACCACAUCCGUCUCAGCCCGCCCUCGCAGGAGAGCAAGGCCUUUCCCGUCAACGACGGAGACAUUGUCCAGCUCGGCAUCGACUUCAAGGGCGGAGAGGAGAUGAUAUUUCGCUGCGUCAAGAUGAGGAUCGAGCUGAACCGUGGAUGGCAGAAUAAGCUCAAUACAUUCAACUCUGCCUCAACCUCGUCACAGGACUGUUCCAUCUGUCUCAACUCUAUCGGAUGUGUCCGCUCCCUCCUCAACUCGCCCCAGUACCCCAUCUUCAUCUGUCCCAACUGCCGAGCCGGUGCCGACCUGGAAGCCGACGUCGACGACACCGCAGAGGAGUGGGAGCGGCUCGAAGCCGAGGGAGAGAACGGUGACAGGUCAUCGGUCAACGGCGCUCCGCUAUCGUCCUCGUCCGACCCUGCUUCCGCUUCCGUCGCCGCUGCUGCCGUCUCCAGCGCCGGUGACGGUGGAGGCAACCGCAACGAUGCACCCCUGCCGCCGCUCCCCGUCGACCCAGAUGCCAUAGACGCGACGCACGACGACGUCAACAGCAGCAGCGAGAACCUCUCGGACAGCAGCAACAAUGUCAACGGCGCCGGAAACCUGACACACUCGUCCACGGAACCCCUGCCCAUCACCGGGUCGGGACGGGCAUCCACCCCGCCCAGGAACGACAGCGGAGCCGCCUCCCCAUCGCGAGGACCUAUGACGCCGCGUAACGAGGCGGGACCGUGGGUCUUUGACGGCCGCGACCGGGAGGAUGCCAGUAUGAGCCUCGAUGCUGCCGCCGACGUCACCGUCACUGCUGAUGCACCGCGGUGA